AUGCUCCCGACGACGAAGAAAUCAGGGAAGUGUCUCGACGACUACUCGCGGAUCGAGAACGCAGAGGAGUCCUUCGAGGGAUGGACGGGAGAGCAUCCGGCGCCUGUGGGCGCGAAGGUGGUCUUCAAGUGCAAGCAAGGUUUCGCCGACGGGUCCAACAUGCACGCGGCCAUCUGUUCCUCGAAUGCCUGGGGGUUCCCGGAGUCCUGGGCGGCGACAUUCACGGAAGAGGAAGGGGCUGUCCUCUGUCCGCCUUCAUGUGAGAAUGGCUCUGACCUGCGCGUGCAUGAAGGAUGCGAGGGAGGGAGGACGGCGCUCGAGUUCCAUACCCUAAUAUACCGCUUUGAGCUGCGAGGUGAACUGGAGCCGAAUAGUUACCCAGAAUGCCGGUUGACGGCGAAGGGAAGGGAAUACACUGGGACGCAACGGAAAACCGAAACCGGGAAGGAGUGCCUGAGAUGGGACAGCAAGCCGUACGGAAUUCCGCCGGAUUUCUCUUCCGCAGACUACGACGAGCACUUCCCGAACCGGGACUCCUGGUCGCACGAGAACUUCUGCCGGAACCCGUCCGGGAAGGAGCGGCCCUGGUGCUUCGUCUCCGACCAGACGAUCAAGUGGGAAUACUGCGACAUCCCCAUGUGCGACGACAGGGGUGAGCUCCCGCCUCUCCCUUCCCGUUGCGACCAUUGUGGGGGGGGAUGCCUUUUCCUUUUUAUAAGAAAUGUGGAGUCAGGCUCCGAGAAGGGGGAUGUAAUAGAAGGACGAAAUCAGUUUCCUCACGAAGUUACUUUCAUGCGGAAAUUGAAUUUUGAAAGGAAAGAAGUAGCCAGCGUCACUGAAUGCCGUCCCGGCGUAGAGGGGGGAGGAAGGGAGGUCGAUGACAGGGCAUCUGAACGGAUCCGCGUCUGCCUUCCACCAGACCCUCCGGAGUGCAAGGUGACCCAGCAGGGCGGCGAGUACAUGGGGAGGAGGAGCGUCACCCUCUCCGGCCACCCGUGCCGGCCCUGGGCCGGCUCGAUGCCUCGCGCGCAGCUGGAGCUCGCCUUCGCGGAUGCGGAUGCCAUCGACGAGCGCCACAACUUCUGCCGGAAUCCGGACGGGAAGGUCGCUCCGUGGUGUUACAGGGAGAACGGCGGCAACUCGUCGUGGGAGUUUUGCGACAUCCCUUUCUGCAAAAUACGAAAUCCAGCGUGCCUUCAACCGCCAAAAGGGGUAGGAGCGCGAUACGAGUAUCCGGAAUGCCGGCUGUCAGAAAGGGGGAAGGAAUACGUGGGAACCACGGGCCAGACCGCGAACGGACGGCCCUGCCUCCGAUGGGACUCCCAGCCGUACGGCAUGCCCUGGGACUUCUUCAACCAGACGAUUCCCUACGAGAAGCAUUUCCUCGGGGGGAACCCGACGCCCCACGCGAAUCACUGCCGGAACCCGGGCCUCCACCGGCGACGGCCCUGGUGCUUCGUCUCGGAUCCUCACGUCCAGUGGGAGUACUGCGACAUCCCCUUCUGCCACGACAUAAAGCCGCCGGAGUGCAAGCAGACGGCGUCGGGCGGGGAAUACGCCGGGAAGCGGAACGUGACGCUGCUGGGGUCGCCGUGCCAGCGGUGGCUCGCGGCCGAGGGGCAGGAGGCGUGGGGCCUGCUGUCGCAGUUCGCGGACGGGCUGGACGGGGGGCACGACUACUGCCGCGGGGUGGACGGGGGGUUCGGGCCGUGGUGCUACACGGGGGCGGGGGGGAGGUGGGAGUACUGCUACGUUCCGUUCUGUGCGACGCGGGAGGGAGAGCAGUGUCGGGUGAGGGUCGGCGGGGAGUGUGUCGGUGAGUGUCGUUCUUACGUGUCGUUCUUACGUGUCGUUCUUACGUGUCGUUCUUACGCGUCGUUCUUACGUGUCGUUGAAGACAAUUUCGCAUCCACUCCUUCGCAAGUUCAGUUGAUCGCGGAUGAGUUUGCGGAGAUGAGAAUUCCAGAAUGCAAGAAGACGGAGAACGGGAAGGAAUACAUGGGGACUCUGAACACGACGGCCUCGGGUCGUCCGUGUCAGCCGUGGAUGAGCCAGUACCCGAACCGCCACGAGAUGGCCGACCGGUCGGAAGGUCAGUUCCCGGACGACCUGUACCCCUCGCACAACUUCUGCCGGAAUCCGGACGCCCGGGACGGCGGCCCCUGGUGCCACAACGGGAGCGGACAGGACCCAGCCUGGGAAUUCUGCGAUGUUCCCAAGUGUUGA